AUGACGCAUCUGACAAAAUUGGACUUUGAUCCUCUUGAAAUUUCUGGCAAGAACUAUUUGAGCUGGGUUCUUGAUGCUGAAAUUCAUCUCAUGGCUAACAACCUUGGAGAUGCCAUCAAAGUUGGCAAUAAGUCAUUUGUGCUAGAUCGCGCCAAGGCUAUGAUUUUCUUGCGACAUAAUCUUGACAAGAGCCUAAAAGAUGAGUACAUUACGAUGAAAGACCCGCUUGAGCUUUGGGAUGCAUUGGCUGAUCGAUUUGCUCAUCAGAAAACCAUUAUUCUACCUAGAGCACGGUACGAAUGGACGCAUUUGCGCCUUCAAGACUUCAACUUUGUCACUGAUUUCAAUUCUUACCGAGAGAGAGGAUUCAAGAAGUUUGCAGACCUCAUCUCAUGUCUUUUAGUGGCAGAGCAAAAUAAUGAGCUCCUAAUGAAAAACCACCAAUCUCGCCCUACCGGGUCUAAACCCAUACCUGAGUUGAAUGUUAUUUUCACUGGUGGUCAUGCGAAUAGACAUGGCAACAAGCAUGGCAACACUAGUGCUCGUGUUAAGGGACGUGACCGUCAAUGA